AAAAGAAGAAAUUCGGAACAAGAUUUGAAAUCGAAAGUUCUAACCGCCGCUCAGCAACAGCGGCGACGCAUGUGCCUCACAGUUAAGCGGCACCAUCAGUCAUUAGCGCUCGUGCCAGCGGCGACUUGAACAUAAAAAACUUUUUUACACAAAUACCUCAAGCGUUUACGCGAUAAAAUCAACAUUUUUUCGGAUAUUCGUCCAUAUAUCUACAAAUAAUCAUUAGAACACGAAAACUUAUUACAAAUUUUUGUUCACAAGAAAAACGCACAAAGCAGUUCAUUAUCACGAUUUGAAAAGAAUUGUUUGCCGAAUUUAUUUACAUAUCGGCAACGCAUCUAUAUAAGCUUUGAACGCACCAGAAACCUGUUUCAUUUCGUUUCGAAUACGGCAGCGGCAGACUCGUUGUGCUGUUCUGAGCAUUCGGCGUGUACGCGUAUAUAUGUAUGUGUGUGGAAAAAAUAAAUAAACAGGCUGCUAUAACUGAACUUCCAGACGGUGCUACCAGAAUAUAUUCAUUCCCAGUCAGCUGUGUCAUUGGACGCUACUUCGAAUCAAAUAAUGGGAAUGUUGUUUACAAUGCGGGUGACACGUAAAAUUCGAUACAGCGUAGCUGGACUACGAUUCCAAACAACGGUUUGUUCUUCAUGCACCACAUAAUUUUAAUGGAUUAAUUUCUAUUGCUUUAUGGAUAAUAAAUAGUUAGUUGCUUUUUUCUCAUCUCUCUUCCAUCUGCAGUUUAAACGUCUCCUCAUGUGUGUAGUCUUCUGUGAUAUCUUUGCACAACAUUUGCAGCCUGUGCAUGCGGCCGUAAAACCACUUGAUCCUGCUGCAUACACCAUUUACUAUAAAAACCAGGCGCCGAAUGAAAGUGGUGACUUUCAUUACGAAUUUCAAACAUCCAACGGCAUCACAACAAAAGCAGCGGGAAAUGAGUUCGGUCAUAGUGGUGUUGUGCAGUACAUUUCUGCAGAAGGCAUACCCAUCACAAUGACAUAUGUAGCCGAUGCCGAUGGUUAUCAUCCGACAGGCGAUCACAUACCAAAGCUACCGGAGCAAGUACUGACGACAUUGAGGCAGCAUACACCACAACAACGAACUGUGGAAAAAACAAAUGCAAAAACAAUUGUUAGAAAUAUACAAACAUCAAGUAAAAAAUAAGUAUGGAUUAAUUAA